AUGGAUUUUGUUCUAUCAAGCAUAUUUAUAAUCAUUUUAACUGCGGAAUUCAUAAUGGGAAAUUUAGGAAACGGAUUCAUAGCCCUGAUGAACUACACGGACUGGGUCAAGAGAAGAAAGAUGUCUUCAGUUAAUCGAAUCCUCACUGCCUUGGCAAUAUCCAGAAUUAGUCUGCUCUGGUCAGUAAUGAUAAGUACAUUUAUAUCUAUGGUGUAUCCACCUUUCAUGAUGACUGCAAGCAUGCUAAUAAUUCUUAAUCUUCCCUGGACAGUGACCAUCAAUUUUAGUAUAUGGUUUGCUUCAAUCCUCAGCAUCUUUUAUUUUCUCAAGAUAGCCAAUUUUUCCAACUCUAUUUUUCUUUACCUGAAGUGGAGAGUUAAAAAGGUGGUUUCAGUGACAUUGCUGGUGUGUCUGUUGCUCUUGUUUUUAAAUAUUGCCCUGGUAAAUGCAAAAUUUAUCUGGACUGAUGGAUCUAAAAGAAACAUGUCUUACAGCUCCAGUAUGAAUAGCCCUGCAGAAUCUUAUAGGCUUUUUUUAAUCAUCAAUACUCUCUUCCUCUCAGUACCCGUUGUUGUGUCCCUGACAAUGUUUCUCCUGCUAAUCAUCUCCUUGUGGAAACAUCACAAGAGGAUGCAACACACAUCCAAACGACCUGGAGAUGCCAGCACCAAGGCGCACAUAAAAGCCUUGCAGACUGUGAUUGCCUCAUUCUUACUAUAUAGUAUUUUUUUUCUUUCUAUUUUUGUUCAACUUUGGAGCUCUGAGUUACUGAAGAAAAAGCUUUUCAUUUCAUUUUGCGAAGUCACUGGAAUGUUUUCCCCUUCAUUCCACUCAUAUGUCCUGAUUUUGGGAAACAGUAAGCUGAGACAGGCUUCUCUUUCGGUGUUGUGGUGGCUGAGGUGCAGGUGCAAAGGUGUGGAAAUCUUGAAUACUUAA